AUGCCGACCACCGGCCACCAUCACCCAGAGCCGCUCGAGAUCCACCUCGAGUCGAACGACCUCGUUCUUCGCGGCUUCACCGGCGACGAGUUCGAGCCGGCGACCCUCAACGGCGAGCUCAUCCUCAACCUGUCGCACGCGACCGACCUCAAGGAGGUGUCGCUCGUCUUUACCGGCGCCGCCAAGGUGAGCUGGCGCGACUCGUCGACUCACCACCACGACCACCCGCUCUUCUUCCACGACUUCAACUUCCUCAACCCGUCGUCGCACACGAGCCGCGAGGACUCGAAGAAGGAGCACCACCACGUCCACACGCUCAAGGCCGGCCGUCACGUCUUUCCCUUUUCCCUCACCGUCCCCGGCUCGCUCCCGGCCAGCCUGCGCACCUACUCGGGCACGGGCAUCAUCGAGUACAAGCUCAAGGCGAUCGCGCAACGCCCGGGCUUUACCGCCGCCGACUGGAAGGCGCGCAAGGUCGUCCGCAUCUCGCGCAGCUUUGGCGCCGACGCCGUCGAGUUCAACCAGACGCUCGAGAUCGAAAACACGUGGCCCGGCAAGGUCAUGUACUCGUUCACCUUGCCGCACAAGGCGUACGCCGCGGGCGACACGAUCCCGGUCGCCGUCAAGUUCUCGCCGCUCGCCAAGGGCAUCCGCAUCGUGUCGCUCAUCACGACGAUCCGCGAGCACACGACCGUGUACUCGAAGAGCUCGACCCACUCGGAG